AAUUUACUUGCAGUAAAUGAGCGGUGGCAUAGGGCUAUUCUAUAUAUGCUAUUGGCCUUGUCAAUUCGUGAUCUUUGUGAAACUAUAGUGGAAAGAUUAAAGACUAUUUAUGGUGACCCUUUACCUUCUGAUAUUAAUAUUCCAUCAGAUGAAUGGAUUCUACAAGCUCGGAUGCUUCAAAAAAACAGUGAAGAUGCACAUUAUUGUGCUGCACUUUUCUGCUAUCUUAGAGAAUUCUGUGAAGAUGUUGCAGUUUUUACCAGUAUACGAAAUCAACGUUCUAUGGUUGCACAAGAGAGCAAUUUGGCUGCUGCUGAUCAUGAUUUCACAAAACUAUCUUUAAUACCAUCAGUGAUUUUUUUUAUAUCUAUCCCCAAUGAAAUUUCAGGCCGAACAGAAUGGCUUAGGUUAAAAAAUAAUAAAUUUAAAUAUUACUCUCCCGCAAGUCAAGAUGCCAUUACAGAAGUAUUUGAAUCAAUUUUUAGAAUAGAUCCAACUUUAAAAAUUAAAAAAACUAUACAAAAACAAAUAUACCAGUAUCCAACAUUGAUUGGAUUUAUUGACACUCAUUGCCAAACACAUGCUUACAGUUUUCAGGUGAAAAAAUGUAAUAAUAUUUCUUGCUUGUAUUGUAAGCCAAUUCGUCUUCCAAUACACAAGUUUAAUAUGUUGAGCUUUCUUCCAGAUCCAAUUCCUUCAAAAGAUAAUAUAGAUCAUUAUGCAGCCUUUCAGAAUAUUUAUGGAACCAAAACCACAGAAGAAUAUCGACCAACAUAUAUGCAGUCACAGGAAAAAUCCGAGCCUAUCCCAAAAUCUAUUCUAAUUGCAGAGAAAAUCCAGGAUUAUAUAAA